AUGAGCUCUCUACAGCGUUCAGGACCCUCAAUAGUGAAAACGAGGACAGGAAGUGUUUUAUCCAGGGGAUUCAUAUUGAAGACUGAUUUCUAUCCUUCUGGUCGUGCUCUGGAACUCGAGAUGAACCUUCAUGGCGCACCAAACUUCCGAGCUCCAAGACAAGGUGAUCUCAAUGUAUUUGGCGUAGCCCAGCCUCGUACGCAGGGUUUACGCGCCAUAUUGUCCGUCCUACGCUGUAGACCCAAUAUACCUGAUCCAUCACAUGUGGUCUGGUUCUCGACUCGCGAAGAACCUAUAGUAUACAUCUCCGGACGUCCAUUUGUCUUACGGGACUCUUCGCAACCCCGACGAACAUUACCAAUGUCAGACCGUGCAGAGAAUCUCGAAGCAAUAGAACUUCGUCUGAAGAACGAUAUUUUGCAGGAGGGUGCAAGAUUUGGAGGACUUGUCUUAACUCAUAAUGAAGUUGCUGUUGCGGAUGUCACCGGUGAGGGAGCUAUCUUACCCACUUGGACUGCUGUGGACGCCAACAAUGUGAAGACAUCAAGAGAAUUGUGGACAUCUAUGAAGAACAAUGGCUGGAAUGUCGACUAUCAUCGUAUACCUAUUUCUCCGGAUAGGCCCAUAGAAGACAACUACCUCGAUGCGUAUCUGCAUGUUAUAAAAACAACAGACCCACUCAAAACCGCGCUGGUCUUUUCAUGCGGCAUGGGUGCUGUCCGUACGACUUUUGCAAUGGUUGCUGCUUGUAUAGUGAGGCGGAGGCAACUGAUCCUAAGAGGCUUGCCAGAUCCUUAUGGAUUGAAACCAUCUAGUUCACAUAUCUCGUCUCCUUCUAGAUCUGGGUUAUCAACACAAUCAAAUCGUAUCGCAAUGGUGUUAGAACAAGCGAACGCUCAGCAAGAUCUUAGUCGCUCUCUACUGAAGCUGACAUAUUUAUUGCAACAGAGUUUGCAGGAUCCAACUUCUCAAUCUGCUAUAGAAUUGCUCAUUUCUGAACCAACGUUGCUUGAAAACCUGCGAAAGGCUCAUAUGGGCAACUACGGGAUCAUACUCAGUCUUCUUGGCUGUUUGGAUGACGGUCUUCAAGCCAAAAGGCUUGUGGAUCGAGUCAUAGAUGCUAACGAUCAUGUGUCGCAGUUGCGAGAGGACAUUCUGAUGCACCGGAUCAAAUACGCUUUAACUACUAUGGAGACUGAAAAAGGAGAAGCAAUAAUCAAGAGAGCUGGAAAGGCGAUUGAGAAAUACUUUUUCAUCAUCGCGUUCGCAAGCUUCGUCGAAAGCAGCUCUAGUGACUUCAGCCAGAGCUUCUCUGAAUGGUUGAUGGUCAGAACGGAGAUUUGGAACCAGGUCAAGUUUCUUCGAAAGUCGACAGGGUCGGUCUUAAAUGUGUUUGCUCCCGUUAGCGACCUCUCCGCGUUAUCCAGAAGUGGCCUGGAUGGACGAGUUGUAAUCGCUGGUAAAAGGAACGACGCUGCUAUUUCGGGUGGUCAAAUUUUAGGCGAUGAAUAUUCUACACACGUCAUUAAGAAUCGGAGCGGUAUCAUCCUACGAGAGAGGUUUAUUCAUCUGACUUCUUACAGCACACUUCUCAAAUCCGAUCUAUGGAUUCGUGAAUCCUAUCCCAUUGAACACGACAUCCGGGGUGCUAUAAAUUUCCGUCGAAUCCCUUGCACCAACAUUUAUGCUCUUGGUCAACCCACCACGGAAGCGAUUGAUGAAGUCGUACGUCGGGUCAAACUGGAUAAUCCAUCUGCUCAACGAAUCGUCUGGAUCACUUUACGCGAGGAACCUAUCGUGUAUGUCAACGGGGCCCCGUAUUGUUUGAGGAGAGAAGGAUUCUCCUUGAGAAACAUGAAAGACUAUGGUGGUAUCUCGGCAUCUCGCUUAGAAAUUUUAGAGGAGCGGCUCAGAGACGAUGUCGUUUCAGAGUUGAACACUUUUGGUGGGAAGCUACUUCUCCACUCUGAAACGCAAGAUGGAACAGUGGUACCCGUUUGGGAGGAUGUGAACCCUACUAACGUCGUUGUGCUGCGAGAUAUUAUGGAAAGUAGACGGGACAUGUUCGGCGUAGAACUCGUGUACGAUCGUAUCCCAAUUACUGCCGAACGCCCACCAGACUUUUCUGACCUUAACGAGCUGAUCGACGUCGUGCUACGCUGUUCUAACGACACUCCCAUCGUUGUGAACUGCCAGCUCGGAAGGGGUCGAAGUACACUUGCAUCAAUCAUACUCACCUUGAUCCGACAAUGGCUCGAUUCCAAUCGACCUAAGACGCCAUCAACCCCCCGAAUCAAUGCCACCUUUACUCUUUCCAUGUCCUCAACUGUUGCUACCCCAGCUGCUGAGAAGCAAUCAUCAAAAACCCGAAACUCCUACCAGAUCAUCAAUAAUUUGCUUAGAGUUUUCCGAGGAGGUAUCACCAUUAAGGAGACAGUCGACAAUGCAGUUGACCAAUGUGCGGUCGUGUAUAACCUUCGAGAUUCAAUUGAAGAGUCUCGAGUGCAAGCUGAACAAGCAGUUGAUGACAAGCAAAAACGUGCUCAUGCCCAAAAAGCUUUGCAAAACUUGAGACGAUACUUCGAACUGCUUGUGUUCCAGGCUUAUCUCCAAUCCACUCCGCCAAAUACAAUGCAAGAUUUUGAAAGCAUCGAAACUUUCGUGAAGAGUCGACCAGUCAUAAAAACCUUCGAACGAGAGCUCAUGACGGAUGGGAUGAACACCUUGAAGCCCCUUCGACGAGCAGAUCUGGUUGAAGGAAUGGCUCAUCCAGAUGAAGUCAAACAAGUUGUAAUGAAUCGAUCCGGAGACAUCCUCUCGGCCUCAACCAUACUCAAGAGCGACUUCUUUUCGAAUCUUCAGAAGAUGACACUACCAGAGCGAAUCGAAGGCGCACCCAAUUUUCGCCGUGUCCCGCUGACUUUACGAGUGAAACCUGCAUCUUCACCAUUUUCACCAAUGGAGUCAAGGAUUGAACCAGUACUUGAGGGUAAAAUGGUUUGCGGUAGCGGCAUGCCUACUGUGGAUGGUCUGAAACGAGCCCUGAUCCGGGUAGAUGCUGGUCCCGAUGGAAGCAACAAAGAGCCUGUGAUAUAUGUCGCUGGUCGACCACAUGUCCUGAGGUUGGUAGACAGACCAUUGCAGAACGUCGAGGCAACCGGUGUGGCCACCGCUGUUGUCGAGGUCAUGGAGCGUAAUUUCAAGAAAGACGUAAUCCGUGAAUUGCGGUCUGGAAAGGGCAGAAUACUCUUGCAUGAUGAGGUUGAGGAGCGGCCGGGGGUGUUCUCAAUCAUUCCAAUCUGGGAGACAGUUGAAGAAGCUGAUAUUUUGACCCCAAGAGAUGUGUUUGAUUCGAUUGUCAAGGAAGGUUUCAAGAUUGACUAUGACCGUGUAGCCAUCACAGAUGAGCAAGCACCAUUACCAGGCGCCCUCACACAAUUACUGGAUCGUAUUCGCACCAACAUGUCAGAGGCUGGAGACUUCAUCUUCAAUUGUCAAAUGGGUCGUGGGCGAACCACUACCGGCAUGGUCAGUGCUUGCCUCGUUUCAACGACGCUUGAAUGGGAUCCAGAAAGAAGUCACGAGAAUGACUUGAUGACGCUGGGCCAAGACGAAUUUGAAGAAAGCCAGGAAGAUUUCUUUGAUUCAAUGGAUGGUCCGUCAGAGGAGGAAGCUUAUCGACAAGGAGAGUACAAGACCAUUCUCCAACUUGUAGGAGUGCUUUCAAAUGGAAAGGUUGCAAAACGCUUGACGGACCAUGCUAUCGAUUUGAUGCAAGACGUACAAAACCUCCGAAAAGCUGUCUAUGACUUUAAAGUCAUGGCUGAAGCACAUGAACCAGGAAUGAAAAAAGAGAAGCAUCUCCGCAAUGUUGCUGUGAAUUAUCUCUAUCGAUAUGGUACUUUGAUCGUCUUCGCAAACUAUCUCAUCGAGAUGCGACAGAAAUUAGGGCCGGAGAUCACGUUUGCUAAUUGGCUUGAAGAACAUCGAGAAAUACGAAAAAUACUCCAAAGACGUACAUUAGAUUGA